GUAAAAAAAGUCAAGAGCUUUUGAUCUAUAAUAAGAUCUAUUUGCUCAGAAGUUUUUGUUAUUAUUUUCUUCUCAGUCAUCAUGAAGAGGCUUAGCAGCGAUGAUUCUCUAGGUGCUCUAAUGUCCGUCUGCCCAACUACAGAGGAACAUAGCCCGAGUAGCAACCAUAUUUAUGGUAGAGAAUUCAGGUCCAUGUUGGACGGUUUAGACGAAGAAGGUUGUGUAGAAGAAUCUGGGCAUGUCUCCGAAAAGAAGAGAAGAUUAAGCGUUGACCAAGUCAAAGCUUUAGAGAAGAACUUUGAGGUUGAGAAUAAGCUUGAACCAGAGAGAAAAGUUAAGCUUGCCCAAGAACUUGGUCUCCAACCAAGACAAGUAGCUGUUUGGUUCCAAAACCGCAGAGCUAGGUGGAAAACAAAGCAAUUGGAAAGAGAUUAUGGCCAUCUUAAAGCAAAUUACGAUGCCUUGAAGCUGAGUUAUGACACUCUUAAACAUGAUAAUGAAUCCCUUGUUAAAGAGAUAAGGGAAUUGAAAUCCAAACUCCAAGAUGAAAAGUCAGAGAGCAACAAUCUGUCGGUGAAAGAAGAGCUAGUACUUAUACAUAAUAUUGGACCAACAGAGUCGGAGAACAAACAAGUUGUUCCUCAUCCUGAUCAUCAUCAUCAUCAUCAUAAUAAUCAUGUUCUUCCAUCUGAGGAGUGUAAAGAGCUAAACUUUGAGAGCUUAAACGACACUAAUAAUGGUGUCGUUUUAGAGGUCUCCUCCAUGUUCCCUGAUUUCAACAAAGACGGUUCUUCUGAUAGUGACUCCAGUGCAAUUCUCAACGACGACAUAAACCUCAAUAGUAAUAAUAAUAACAGCAGUUGCAGCCCCAAUGCCGCCAUUUCUUCAACUGCCCUUCUCCAAAAUCCGGCUGCUUCGGCUCCGGCUUCGCUCAACUUCAACUGCUCUUCAUCUUCUAAUAAUAAUAAUAAUUCCUCCAACUGCUUUCAGUUCCAGAAAGCGGCGUCGUUUCAGCCUCAGUUUGUGAAGAUUGAAGAGCACAAUUUCUUUGCCGAGGAAGCCUGUAACUUCUUCUCCGACGACCAAGCUCCCACCCUUCAAUGGUACUGCUCCGAUCAGUGGUAAUUAAAGUAUAUUUUUCAUUUAAACAAUAAAAAUAAAAUUAAAAGAAGAAAAAAUUCCCAAGUGAAGUGAUUAUAGCUAGACUCCGGAAAGAGCGUCUUCUCCGAGAGAAAAAGCAGAGUAAUGGAUUUUCGUUUGAAAUUCACGGGGUGCUAUUACUCCAUUGUUGAAAGUGAAAGCUCGGUGAGCUGAAAAGAAAAAAAGAUGAGACUUUGGAGAAACCCAUUAUAGUACGGAGAAGUCCAAACUGGAUCAGAAGAGAGAGAAAGUGACAGAGAUAAAGAGAGAGAGAGAGGGGUUCACGUGGGGUGGAGGAGGGUUCGGUGGAAGGUGACGACCAAGGUUUUUCACCUAGCCAACCGUGUGCGGGAAUAUGAUUAGCUCCUAAUUAAAGGUUCAUCUGUAAAAAAAAAAAAAAAAAAAAAGAAAAAAAAGAAAAAUAAGUUCUUUUGGAGCAAGUUCCUGUAUUGGAAAAAGAAAAAUUAAAUAAUCAUAUUCUCGCUUUCUUUAA